AUGAAAAUUUGCGUUGAUAAUAAUGGAAAGAGAAUUCAAUGCAUCCGUGAUUUAUCGAUUGAUCGUGAAAUUUCAAUCAAUCAUUUAUUAAAUGAAAUACGUCAAUUUGCAGCAUUUCCUCAUUUAUUUUGGGCAAUUUGGUCAUUUGAACAUGCUGAAAUUACUCAAACAAAUUUUGAUCAUUUUGAAUAUGCAUUUGAUCGCUUAGCAUUGUAUUAUUAUUGGAAAUCAGAAAUGUUAAAGUAUUUGAAUUAG